CGUCUUUUCCGGUUUUCGUGAGACAGUGAAACCCACACCGACAAUGGCAAAGGCACCCACGACCGAGGAAAAGGAAACUCUCAUCACGCGCAACCUGCAGGAGGUGCUCGGGCAGGAUAACAUGCGGGCCGUCCUGAAGGAGCGUGACCUUAAAAUAUACUGGGGCACGGCCACCACCGGCAAACCACACAUUGCUUACUUCGUGCCGAUGUCAAAGAUUGCCGACUUUCUGAAGGCCGGCUGUGAGGUCACGAUCCUAUUUGCAGAUCUGCAUGCGUACCUUGACAACAUGAAGGCACCGUGGUCGUUGCUGCAGGAGCGCACCAAGUACUAUGAGGCCGUGAUCAAAGCGAUGCUUACUUCGCUCGGUGUUCCGCUGGACAAGUUGCGGUUCGUGCGCGGCACCGAUUAUCAGCUGUCGAAGGAAUACACGCUGGAUGUGUACCGGCUGUCGUCGGUCGUAACGCAGCACGAUGCGAAAAAGGCCGGUGCCGAAGUCGUAAAGCAGGUGGAACACCCGCUGAUGUCCGGUAUCCUCUAUCCCGGGCUGCAGGCACUGGACGAGGAGUACCUCAAGGUGGACGCCCAGUUUGGUGGUGUCGAUCAACGUAAGAUCUUUACCUUCGCCGAAAAGUACCUUCCCCAGCUGGGCUACGCGAAGCGUAUUCAUCUGAUGAACCCCAUGAUUCCGGGGCUGGCCGGUGGCAAAAUGUCAUCGAGCGAGGAAGACUCGAAGAUCGAUCUGCUCGACAGUGCGGCGAAGGUGAAGAGCAAGAUCAAGAAAGCGUUCUGCGAGCCGGGUAACAUCGAGGACAACGGGUUGCUAAAGUUCCUGAAGCACGUCAUCUAUCCGAUGUUUAAAGACGGCGAAACGCUCGUCAUUCACCGGAAGCAGGACUUUGGAGGAGAUCUCGUCUUUGCGGAGUACGAGAAGCUGGAGGAAAGUUUCGCAGCGCAGGACCUCCAUCCGGGUGAUCUGAAGGCCGCGGUUGAAGUGUACAUUAACCGGCUGCUGGACCCAAUUCGCAAGUCGUUUGAUAGUGAUUUCUACCGGGAGCUUACCGAUCGUGCCUAUCCGCAGCCGGGAAAGGCCGCUGCGAAAGCGUCCGCCAAGUCGGCACCCAAUGUUGGUUCCGUUCCGAUUGGUGAAACUACUCCCGACAAGCUGGAGCUAAAGGUUGGACAAAUUCUGGACGCAAUCAAGCAUCCGGACGCGGAUAGUUUGUGCGUGCUGACGGUGGACAUUGGCGGUGGCGAACGUAAAUCCAUCGUCAGCAAUCUACUUGCCCACUACGGGCUCGAUCAGCUCCGCGAAAAGUUGGUGGUAGUGUUAACGAACAUGAAGGCAUCAAAGAUUCGCGGCGUAGAAAGCGAAGGUCUGGUGUUGUAUGCGGCCGGUGCCGACAAAAGUGAACCGCUGGCCGUCCCGGAGGGGUCGAAGGUUGGUGAGCGCAUCAUUGUGGAAGGGUUUGACAAUACCAACAACCCAGUGCCGCAGCUCAACCCGAAGAAGAAGGUGUGGGACAAGAUCCAGGCCGAGCUGCACACGGGCAGUGAUGGCGAAGCGCUGUGGAAAGAGUUUUCACUUAUGACCCUAAACGGCGAUCGUGUCACGUGUACUCUGCCGGGAUGUAAUAUCAAGUAAAGGCUGCCAACGACUGACUGAGAACGGUGCAACGGCUGCUGAUUACGUAUUUACGAUUGCAUUUCAUUUUUGUUGCUGCAGCUCAGCCCAAUUAUUAUGCGUUUGCGACGUGAAGACAUCCGACGAAUUUCGAUCAUAAAGUGACGUUCAUAUAACAAAUUUGCUAUUUCGGAGAAUGUCUUAAAAGUGUUUGUAAAAGAACGUUUAUCGCACGAAAACGAUAUUAGGAAAUUAAAUGUAAAAAUAAAUAAAAAGU